AAAAGGAAGGUUUAUUGGUAGAAGAAAAAAAAACACCUAUAAGUAGACCCUCCCCUGAUCUCUUCUUCGUCAAUUGAAAUAACAAAACCGGAAGAACUUGAUCGUCUUCUUCCCACACCUUCAGAGAGUCGAACAACUUGCGAAGAGCCGUAUUUUCGUUCCAAGAAACCAAGUUUACAUGGUUGAGCUAGACAUCCAGAUUCCAUCAGCAUUCGAUCCUUUCGCAGAAGCACAAGACACAGAUGCACCGGGUACAAAAGAGUACGUCCACAUCCGAAUCCAGCAGAGGAAUGGGAAGAAGAGCUUGACGACUGUUCAGGGUCUGAAGAAAGAUUACAGCUACGAGAGGAUCCUCAAGGACUUGAAGAAAGAUUUCUGCUGCAACGGGAACGUUGUGCAGGACAAGGAGCUAGGCAAGAUCAUUCAGCUUCAAGGUGAUCAGAGGAAGAAAGUGUCUCAGUUCUUGGUGCAGACUGGGAUUGCUAAUAAGGAUCAGAUCAAGAUCCACGGGUUCUAAGCUGAGGAUCGAUCGUUUGAUGUUUAUCUAUCUAUUUAUAUGCGAAUAAGUGGACGUGGUGUGGUGUGGUGUGAUCAUUAGGAGUUUUCAAGGGAAAGCUUUUUGGUUUUUUUUUUUUUUUUUUGGAAGCUUUGGGUUUUGUUGUUCUUGGUUUAAUUGCUGUUGAUUGAAGGUGUGGGAUAUUUGACUAUUGCAAUGAGAAAUCUUUCGAUUGUUCUAUU